AUGCAAAGCCCCAGAUACUGCUUUCCGGCAACAACGUUUGAAAGCCUGGCAGUGAGCUUGAUUCCCAAUGGGUCCCUGCCUCUGCGCCUACUUACCACAAAUAGGCCAAUCUUAACACCAAAGAGCGUAUUACCCCUCUUUUUCAUUGUCGGUGUCAUAUUUGCCCCUAUUGGCGGUCUUUUGUUAUGGGCGAGUGCUCAGGUACAAGAGAUAACCAUAGAUUACUCCGAGUGCGCGGAGAAAGCACCGAGGAAUCACUCCCAAGAUAUAUCAAACAGAGUCAGCUCGUCAUUCAAAUCAUCUGGACAGUCUGCUCCGACGUGGCAGCGCCUUGACGAAGGCAAUGCCACUGUUUGCCGGCUCAUUUUCGACAUCCCCGAUACGAUGAAACCACCUGUUUUCAUGUAUUACCGACUCACAAACUUUUAUCAGAAUCAUAGGCGAUAUGUGAAAUCAUUGGACGUCGACCAAUUGAAGGGCAAAGCCGUUCCCAACAAGACCCUGGAUGGUGGGUCAUGCGAUCCUCUGAAACUUGAUCCAUCCGGUAAAGCAUAUUAUCCAUGUGGUCUCAUAGCAAACUCUCAAUUCAACGACACUAUAAACAGCCCAAAGCUUCUAAGUGUCGGGGUCAAGGCCGAAACAUACUCUAUGACAAACAAAGGAAUAGCAUGGGACAGCGACAAAGAACUCAUUAAGAAAACGGAUUACAAACCAGGACAAGUCGUUCCUCCUCCGAACUGGCAUGACCGAUAUCCAGAUAAUUAUGAGAAUGGAAUCCCUAACCUUCACGAAAACGAAGAGUUUAUGGUCUGGAUGAGGACUGCGGCCCUUCCAACAUUCAGCAAGUUAGCCCGAAGGAAUGACACUACGCCAAUGACAAAGGGCACAUAUCAAUUGGACAUUACGCACCGUUUUCCGGUCACUGAGUAUGGAGGCACGAAGUCAAUCCUUAUCUCUACAAGGACUGUGAUGGGUGGACAAAACCCUUUUAUGGGGAUUGCGUAUGUUGUCGUCGGCGGCGUCUGCGUUUUGCUGGGUGCCCUUUUCACUGUUGCACAUUUGAUAAGACCUCGGAAACUGGGAGACCACACAUAUCUGACGUGGAAUGCCUUCAUUAUAAUUGGCAUAACCGGUCUUCCAAUCCAAUGCAGUGCUCUCAGUUCUCAAGCCCGCGGUUUCUGUGCCACUGGUCCCCCUGAGGAGUCGUUGAGGGCUGAACACGAACGAUUAAAUACGCUGGAGUCCCAGGGUGACCUUGCGGUUAAUUAUGAGAGCAGAGAGGUCGUUUACCCAAUCGAGAUUGCUACGUGGUUUCAUAUCUUGCUAGGUAGUGAAGACGAUGCGGGAAUGGUAUCGGAUGAAAUGGUUGCUACUCAGGUAUCUUAUUUACAAAAUGCCUAUCAGAAUGCAUCGAUUUCCUAUCGACUAGAGGGUAUUACGCGCCAAGUGAAUGAAACAUGGUCGCGCAACGGCGAUGAGAUUGGGAUGAAGAAUGCACUUCGUGAAGGGACCUAUAGCACCCUUAAUAUUUACUUUCACACCGAUCUUCAGGACUCACCAAUCGCAACGACUCGGCACAUGCCGUGGGUAGAUGACCGCCAAAUGCUCAGCGGAGGCGAACUAUCUUCUAAUGUCCUCGGCUUUUGCACCCUACCUGACCCCAGCAUCAACGGUAGUAGCCCUCGCACCAGCUAUAUCAAGGAUGGUUGCAAUAUCCUUGCUCAAACCAUGCCGGGUGGCCUUCUAGCCAAUUACAACCGAGGCGGGACAGCAAUUCAUGAAAUAGGUCAUUGGAAUGGCCUCUUGCAUACAUUCGAAGGAGAGUCGUGCUCCCCCGAUGACGAUGGAGACUAUAUUCAAGACACGCCUCAAGAGUCUAGGCCUACGGAUGGGUGUCCCUCUUACAAAGAUUCUUGUCCUGACCGGCCAGGAGUCGACCCGAUACACAACUUUAUGGAUUAUUCGUCCGACGAAUGCUACGAGUCAUUCACCCCAAACCAAGUGACCAGGAUGAGAAACAUGUGGUUUUCGCUGAGACAAGGAAAAUGA